AUGGACAAAGAGCAGAGGCAGGACAAGGAUAAGCGACGGGCUGUGCCGAAGUUUGGAUCCUUCAAGCCGAAUCCCACCCCUGAGCCCGCGCCCACGGCUCGGCAAACAGAGGAAGAAAUCCAAUCCUACAAAGACCGCCAAGGCCGGGCCGACAAGGAUAGUCGCAGCCGUGACCGUGGCCGUGACCGCCGAGAGGCGGACCGUGGGCACCGGCGUUCCAGCCGAGAGCGGGGUCGGGAUCGCGAGAGGCAUCGGAGUCGGGGGGACCCUGAGAGGGAUCGUGAAAGGGAUCGCGAGAGGGAGCGAAAGAGGGAAAAGGACAGCGAACGAGGGCGCCAUCGCUCCCCCGUCCUGAGCAGCAACGACCUCUUCGUCAUGGACAAGCGCGGCGACCCUCUCAUCGUGCAGUACGGGAGCAAUGACCGCUCGCAGGUGCCGGUCUACCACCGCUUCGGCGGCGGCCGAGUCAUCGGUUCCCCCGGCUUCCUGAUCAUCCACCGCGACGGCGUCCGGGAACAGUUCAGUAUCCGGCUCCCGGGCGAAGGCAGCGGCAGCGGCUCCGCCUUCCGCGACAAGGCCCUCGUCGCGGCUGCCGCCCGCCUCCAUCCCAGGCGCAUCAAACCGGAGCCGGAACCGGCUCAUUCAGCACGACCACCAUCAGAGGCCUUCAUCCCACUAUCCCCACCGCGCAAACGGAAACGCCACCACAACGGCCACGAUGAGGACGGCACCCACCCACCAUCACCACCAGACUACCGCUCCACCUACGGCAAAGCCCGGCAGGACAACCUUCCCUCCGACUCGGACUCGGACUCGGACUCGGACUCCUCCCCGUCGCGUUCCCCGUCCCCCGAACCGGAACCCGACCUCCCGGGCCCCAGAGCCCGCGCGGCCGACCUCUCCCGCCGCGUCAAAACCCACCCCUCCGACAUCCCCGCUUGGCUGGAACUCGUCGCUCUGCAGGACAGCCUCUUCGCCUCUGCCUCUUCCUCUUUCUCUUCCCCUUCUUCCCCUUCUUCCGCGAUCCCGGACAUUCUCGGGGGCCGAACCGCCGAAGAGGCCCGUUCCCUUGCCGAGCUGAAGCUGUCGCUCUACCAGGAAGCCCUGCCCCAUGCCGUCUCCCCGCAGGACAGGGAGACGCUCCUGCUGGGGAUGAUGCGGGAGGGGGCCAGGGUCUGGGAGGAGGGGGUGUUGAAGAAGAAGUGGGAGGAGGUCGGCUCUCCGGAUGCCGGGUUCGGUCUGUGGAAGGCGCGGUUGAACUACGAGACUGGGAGGGUCGCCGGGUUCGCGGUGGAGCAGGUCAGGGACAUGAUCGUGGGGAAGCUGAAGGCGCUGGGGCGGGAGCUGGAGCGGGUUGCCGCCGCCGGCCGGGAGGGCGAGGAGGAGCUCUGUCGGCAGGUUGUCUAUGUCUUUUUGAGGCUGACGCGGCUGCUGCACGACGCCGGGUUCGCCGAGCUGGCCGUGGCCGCGUGGCAGGCGCUGUUGGAGAUGACCUUCUGCCGGCCGCCUGCGGAGUAUGCUGCCGAGGCCGCGCUGACCUCGUUUGCCGACUUUUGGGAGGGAGAGGUCGCUCGGAUAGGCGAGGACGGCGCCAGAGGGUGGCGGCACUUUGUCGAGGCGGGAGAAGGCAUGGUUGAUCCGCCCGAGCCGAAGAGUGAUAAGCCGAGCGUGGUGCGCGGGACGAUGGAUCCCUUGAAAGCUUGGGCUCUGAUGGAGAAGCAAGGGGCCGAGAAGGCGCGCAUGCCGGCCAGGACGCUGGACGAAGGGACCGAGGAUGACCCGUUCAGGGUAGUCCUGUUUUCGGAUAUCAAGGAAUUUCUGGUCUGGUUUCCCUCACCCGUUGUCCCGCAAGUCAAACCUCUACUGGCCGAUGCCUUUCUGGUCUUUUGCGGGCUCCCACCGGCAGGCCUAUCCGGGGAGCCAUUCCUCGCCCUCUUGCGUGACCCGUUCGUUGCCGCGACGGGCCAGGGGCUCGAUCUCGGCUUGGGAAAAGAGGAGGCUGGGACGACAACACGGGAUCUUACGCGGCACGGCCCCGAGUUUAUACAGCACGGCGGCAGCCUAGCCAUAUCAGCUCAGCUUCUGUUUUGUAAGAGCUCCAAAUUCCGAUACCUGGACGAGUGGUCGAGAAUAUAUGAGGCGGCAGACAAGCAGGUGGACCUCUCUUGGGUCCUCCGCACCAUCGGGUAUCUGGUCAGAGACUGCGGAAUGGAGGCGCUCGCCACGUACUAUUUGGCGAUGGAAUGGUUGAACGACGACUCAGCCCGAGCGAGGAAGGUCGCCAAGGGUUUGCUGAAGCAGUAUAGCUCCAAUAUCCAGUUGUACAAUGCCUACGCUCUGGUCGAGUGGGCGAACGGCAACGCCGAGGUCUCUCACAAAGUCUUCUCAUCGGCGACGGGGCUGGUACAGCCACUCUCAUCCGACGGCCAGCUGCUAUGGAACACUUGGGCCUGGACUCACCUCGAGUCUGGUCAGAAAGAUCUGGCGCUCGCUCGUCUCUGUUCGUCAGUUGACAAGGAGUUCCGCGGCCCAAUCCCGUCUCCGGCUCUCCUGCUCACGGCCAAGUCCCAGAUCGCCAGCACCAGAGACUACUCGCUCUCGUCCCGACAACUGGGAACUGCAGCGCAGUAUGCCGAGAGCUUGAUGCUGCUCGAGUACCUCUCUGCCGAGGGCGGAAGCGAGCCGACAUCCGAGACCCAAGGCAACAUCAGUGCCGCGCUCUCCACCAUCCAUGCCUUCUCUCACGAGCUCCAGUCUCGCAACCUCCACGACACCCCGCACCACGAACGCCUCCUCCAAAGCGCCGCCUGCCUACUUUACCACCACGCAACACACGGUCCCUACCGCCCAAGCUACGUGCGCGACCAGCUCCAGACGUUCGUCCACCUCUUCCCGCACAACACCCUCUUCCUCUCGCUCUUCGCCUGGAGCCAGCCGCCGCUGCGCAUCGACGACCCGGUGCGCGCGGUGCUGCGGACGCGGGCGCUGGCGGGGCGGCCGCUGCGGCCGCCGCACGACCGGCUGGGGACGCGGCGGUUCGCGAUCCACCACGAGGCGCGCGCGGGCGCGGGGACGGCGCACUCGGUCCGGGCGGCGUUCGAGGCGGCCCUGGACGACGGCGACGACAACGCGUGCCGGGGCAGCGCCGAGCUGUGGAUCCGCUACCUCCGGUUCUGCUGCUCGCGGAGGGCGGAGCUGGGGCGGGGCCGCGCGAGGGAGGUGUUCUACCGCGCCAUCGGCGCCUGCCCGGGCGCCAAGGAGGUCUACAUGGAGGCCUUUGGGGAGGGCAUGGCGGGGAUGCUGAGCGAGGCGGAGCUGAGGGCCGUGGUCGAGACCAUGGCGGAGAAGGGGCUGAGGGUGCAUGUGGAUCUGGACGACUUCCUGCAGGGCCGGAGGGGGGAGAAAUAG